AACCAACAGGGGCGCUGGAAUUAAUUGCCACUGAAACCAGUGGGUGCGUCUACGAAUUGGGAAGCGGGUUACAAUUUCAAACCUAAACAGUCAAGAGAGCGAAGAUCGAGACCGGGAAAAAAUCAUCCGAAAUCCAUUUUAAAGCGAGCUAAAGGUGUUUUUUGAGGAUACCAAACCAAGCGUUAUUACCGUCCACUCUCAUACAUCUCCACGUAUUCCUUCCAACAUGCCGAGGUCGAAUAGGCAAAGGGAAUACAAACCUGGUGAUCUGGUGUUCGCCAAAAUGAAGGGAUAUCCACAUUGGCCUGCGAGGAUUGACGAGUUGCCCGAAGGAGCAGUGAAGUCACCCUCCAACAAGUAUCAGGUGUUCUUCUUUGGCACGCAUGAAACGGCCUUCCUGGGGGCCAAAGAUCUGUUUCCCUACGAUGAAUCCAAGGAGAAGUUUGGAAAACCAACCAAAAGGAAAGGCUUCAGUGAGGGACUCUGGGAGAUUGAGAACAACCCCACAGUGACGCAUGAGGCCUACGAGGCUGAAGAGAAGGAAAGCUUGGCCGAUGGGAAACAGGAGGCUGUUGCCGUGGAGAAGGCUGAGGCAGAGGGCAGCAGCGAUGAAGACGAGGGUGCCCUGGUCAUCGACGAGAAGAACGAACGAGGCGGGGCCAAGCGGAAGGCAGGGGAGUCAACGGAGGCUUCUCCCAAGCGUCUGAAGGACACAGGAGGGGAAGGCGACUCGAAGGCAGACGACAAGAAGUCCAACGCAGAGGCCAAAGCCAACAACGUGGCGGGGCCUCCAUCUGCCACACUCUCCUCAAAGAGCGAGUCGAAAGCAGAGUCUAAGAGCGAUGCGCCCGUGGAGGAAAAGCUGACCGCAGAUAAGCCUGUGACGGAGAGUGCCUAACAGCAAAUGGAAAUCGAGGACCUGGAAUUGAAUGGAAUCCGAGGCGCCAAAUUGAUUGCACUGCAGGAUGCUAGAUUUCGGCUGUUAUCCAAUAGAAGAGUUUUAAAAGCUAAAGUGUUUGUAUAGAAAAAAAAAAUAACCAAAACAUUUAUUUGUCAUUUUGGGGUAUUAUAUAUCCCAGAGUUUAAAGUUUCCUAAUCUGAUUUCAAACAAUUUGAAUGGAGCAAUUUAAUGCUCAUUUAUACAUGGGAUUUGGUGGUGUGUAUAUAUAUUUUUUAUUUCCAAGUGCAAUUACAUAAUCACAUACGCUAGGUGUCAAACAUGGUUAAUUUCUGUGAGCUAACAUGGACAUACAAAUUUCUAGUAACAAUUAAAUUCCAAAAAUGGUCUUGUGUUUUUGUGGAGAAAGAAAGAAUGCUUUCAUCCCCAAUCAUGUAUCGCUAAAUCGCCCGUCUGACCAUUUGGUGGGACAUCGGUGCUUCAUAAAGUACAUCUCUUACCUUUCGAUCUUAGCCUCAACACAGCGUUUAUGCAGUCAAGGUUUAAUUUCUCUUUCAUUUGUCUCACCUAGCCUCUCGACAUAUUUCAGUUUCUUCAGUGAUUUAUCUUUCACAAAAGUCGUCGUUAGUACAAUGUCGUCUUGUUCAAUGUAGGAAACGUACUUGAUUAUGAAGUCUUUAUUUCUUUUGAUUGCUUUUGCAUGCUUUAUAGUAGGUAACCAUGUUGUGCUGUUAAUGUCACUGAAUCCCACCGACAAUUUCACAUGGGUAUUGUUUUUUUGGAAAGAAUCUUUUAAAAAAGGAAAAAAAUAAAGUGAACAUUUUGAUGGUGUUGAUUUCCCUCUGUGCCGAUUUCCCUCUGUGCCCAUUACCCUGUCGAUGACAUGCAUUAAUGAAAGCAGACGGACACUCCCAAAUAUUAUUGUGUACAUUUUGGGUGUUAGAAAGUGGAGAAAUUGCAUUUGGAAAUGCAUUUUGAUGUUAAAUGUAGCUCUUUGUUUUUUUCCCCCCAUACUUUUGAACAAUGUUUUAGGGUUAUAUUUAAAUGUAAAUUUUCGGGGGCAUUUUACAAUGGUUGUACAACGUAUCUUGUAUUUCUAAGUUGCUAAGAAUGCUGUAGUACAUUGAUAAUGCAUACAAUUGAAUCCAGACAUAUAACCCUGUAAUUAAGCCCUAUUGCCUGCAAGUAAAUUGAUUGUAUCAUUCCCAAAGGCAUCUCAUUUAAUCGUGCAUAUGUUGGCAUUUUUUUUUUUUUUUUUAAUUAAAUGCAGUUAUGUUUUCAUUCUUCCUC